AUGGGUGGUGUUCCUCACCACCUAAUAGGGAUCAUAGGUCCUGAAGCGGAUUUCACCAUAGCCGAUUUUUAUGAAAAAACUUUACAUGCUACGACUUGCAUCUUGGAUUGGGGAAAUCUCUCAAUCAUAGUCGGUGGCUCCAACAGAUUCAUAGAGGCACUUGUGGACAAUGAAACCCUAAGAUUCAGAAACAAGUAUGACUCUUGUAUUCUUGGGGUUCAUGUCUCCCUUUCUGUCCUGAAGACUUAUAUCUACGAGCAUGUAGAUCAGAUGGUCCAAUCUGGUUUAGUCGAUGAAGUCUAUGGCAUUUUGUCACUAGAUGGAGACUAUUCAAAGGGCAUUCGACGAUCUAUUGGAGUCCCAAAACUUGAUGCAUACUUCAGAUCAAAAGCCGCUGGUUGUGAAGAUAAGGAGAGACUAGUGAAACUGUUUAAAGAAGGAGAAGGGUUGUAA